AUGGGGAAACCUUCUUUCGACUUCCUUCCAACAAUAGUUUAUAUUUUAUUGCUGUUAAUUUCAGUUGCCUCAGUGAAUGCUAAGAAAGGGUUUAGUUUAAAGAUGAUUCACAGAGAUUCCAAAGAAUCGCCUUUAUAUCCAGGAAACCAUUUAACAAGAGAUGAAAGGCUUCAAAGGUUCGUAGAACAAUCCAAAGCUCAAGUACGUUACAUCGAGUCACAAAUGUUACUCCAGAAAAAUGCAACGCGCUCCAUGGAUCCUGAAGUUGCACGUUUGCCUGUAGUUUAUGAAUCAACAAUGUUUUAUGUUGCAGCGAUUGGUUUGGGUACGUUUCCUGGUAGACGACAAUCGUAUAUGAAUUACUAUUUGAUGAUUGAUUCAGGUAGUGAUCAGUCGUGGCUUCAAUGUGAAGGUGCCACUAAAGCUUUCAAUCAAAAUAAUCCACUUUAUCCUUGGAGGUCAUCAACUACAUAUCGUCCUGUACCUUGUAAUACACAUCCUUUUUGCAGAGGAGAUAAAUGCAAUGAUGAUGGCCAAUGCACAUACUUAACAAGAUAUGCGUCUGGAUCAAUUACAUCUGGUAUUGUUGCUGAAGAAAAAUUCACUCUAGGGUCUGAUACUAGUGGCAUUCAGAGUAUUGAACUACACAUAGGUUGUGGUUUUCGCCAAGAGAAUUUUGAAAAUGUUAUGGGCAAUAAUCAUUUGCAUGGAAAACCAGAUCUUAUUGCGGGAAUACUUGGUUUAGGAUUAGGACAAUGGUCUUUUCUGAACCAGUUAGGCGCUAUCGGCCAAGGUAAAUUUUCCCACUGCUUACAAACGUUUGACUGGAAUAUUGAGGGACCGAGUACGUAUUUAAGGUUCGGUGCAGACGCGAUAAUUGGAGGUGUAGGUCAACGAGUACAUAAAACACCCAUUGUUGUGCCUUGGUUUCAGACACCACUAUAUUAUUUAAAUUUAGAAGAUAUCAGUGUAGGUACCAAAAGAGUAAGAUUUCCAAGAGGUACUUUCAAGGUUAAUAUUAAGGGAGAAGGAGGUGCUAUCAUUGAUUCUGGUACUCCAUUGUCCAUGAUGUAUAAAGAUCAUUUUGACAAAAUUGCAGAUUUGGUGAAGGCACAUUUUAACAAACUCGGAAUUGAAUAUAUUGGAUCCGUACACCACUUUGAUGUUUGUUUCCGUAUACGGGGAAGAUUUGAUACUGCUAAUUAUCCUUCUAUAACACUUCAUUUUCAACAGGCAGAUUAUGUUAUUUCAGAUUAUAAAGCUAAUUUCUUAAUGGUAACCGCUGAUGGAAUUGUUUGUUUAGCUUUUUUUCGAGGGAAUAGUACUGGACUUGGUAUGCCCCAUUUUAUUUUAGGAGCAAUGCAACAAACCAAUAAACGGAUUUUGUAUGAUGUUAUGGAUCGUUCACUCUCAUUUGUUACAGAGUAUUGCGAACAAGGUUCAUGA